GCUGACGGCCUUCGUCCUCAAGUCCUUCGCGCAGGCCCGCUCUCACAUCUUCAUCGAGGAGAAGCACAUCCAGGACGCCCUGGCCUGGCUCUCUGGCAAGCAGAAGGAAAAUGGCUGCUUCCGCAGCUCCGGGACGCUCCUGAACAAUGCCAUAAAGGGCGGGGUGGACGAUGAGGUCACGCUCUCUGCCUACAUCACCAUCGCGCUGCUGGAGAUUCCUCUGCCCAUCACUCACUCUGUGGUCCGUAAUGCUCUGUUCUGUCUGGAGAUGGCUGCAGAGCAGGGAGGAAACCACGUGUACACCAGGGCGCUACUGGCCUAUGCCUUUGCCCUGGCGGGGAAGGAGGAGAAGCGCAGGGCACUGCUGGACUUGCUUGACAAGGAAGCUGUGAAAGAGGGUGAGAGUUCCCGACGGGCCCUUCUCCUGCAUCCCAGCCCACUGGCCCUACCUCCCCCACUU